CGUGUUUGAGUUAUUCGUUACUUUUGCGAGAAGUUUUUAUUUUCUAGUUCUUUUUCUUUGAUGUUCCCCCAAAACAGUUCUUAUUUAUUUUUGAUCGGUCUUUAUAUUCGUAAUUUGAUGAGUUCAUUUUAGCUCAUAAAGUCUUUGUGUGAAUAAUUGUUGUAGUUGUUGCGAUUCUACAAUGGAAUCUGUCCGCACAAGUCCCGAAGAUGAUUUCCUAACAAAAGUUGGACGUUCCUUUGUUUGGCAAUACUACAACAUUAUGAACAAGUGUCCGGAAUGUCUCUACCGCUUUUACACAAAUUUCUCGAUCUUACGGCAUGGCAGUUUAGAAAUCGCUGUUGGUCAGAAGACGAUUGAGUGCCGUUUAGAGCAAUUACAGUAUCACAAUAGUGCGGUGAAGAUUAAUCAACUUCAAAUCUAUCCAGCAUUAGAUAAUAGCAUUAUAGUCGUUGUUGGAGGUCAACUGUUACGCGAACAAAAUCUAUUGGCUUUCACACAAACGUUUGUGCUCGAACAUCACUCUGGGACACGGUACAGUAUAUUAAAUGAUAUACUCACUUUCGAUAACUAUGACGGAUAUGCCAGAUUCAUAAACAGUAAAGGUGUUUUGCAAUCUGUUAUGGUUCCUAUUAUGCAAAUACCGGAUGGAUAUAAUUGUAAUGACCAGCUAAUGACAGAAACUGAUUCCGAUGUAUCUGAUGAUGAUAAUUCUUGUGAAGAAAACAACACUGAAAAUAUUUAUACGCAGAAUCCAUCAAUGCGUUAUUAUCCACAGGAAAAUGCUUAUGACUUGGGAGAAAGCAUUAUGCAAAUAAAUGAUGAUAACGUUCAAAUAUCAACUGCUGACAAUACUGAGCAAGCAGUGCCAUACGAUUUCACUGAAUCUAGUGAAGUACCGGAAAUCUCACAAGCUCAGUUCGAGAAUUUGAUAUGUCAAGAAGAAUAUAUGGCAGAAAUGGCUAUGCCUUCAUCUUGCUUUAUACUGCCUGAGCAACCAAAUUAUUGUUCUGAUAUUAUUUCAGAGACAGAUGAUAGUAUAUGUUGUUUUAGUGAGCCAAGCGGUUUGCACGAAUCUAACUCUGAUACUGAUCAUUGUUCUUGUGAGGAAGAAUUUUCUGCAGAAAAUUCUAGUGUAACACAAGAUAAAAUGGAUCAAUUGAACAACUUGAUGAACUUGAAAACACCAGUUGUUGAAAGUAACAAGGAUGAAGAAAUUAUUUUGAAGAAAACAGAUGAAUUAAAACAAAAACUGGCAGAAAAAGUUGAUCAAGUACAGCAGGAAAGCAAAAUUAUUAAUAUUUCAAAAGUAGAAAAAUUAAAUUUACGACAACCACAGCAAAAGCCACAGCGUCAGGUAUCAGCACCGAUUAAACUUCAACCAGAAGUACAUUUACAGUUUCGUUAUAAUAAAUCGAGUUCUAAUAGACCCGGUGAGUUGGCUAACAAGAGCACUAAUAGUAUGCAGCAGAAGAAGAUACAACCAAAAACUACGAGUAUUGUUACCACCACUUCGUAUAAACAAGAAAAUCCUUUGCGUAAUCGUCGUAAACGAAUUUCAGAUUAUUAUGGCGACAAUCAUCAAUUAUUUCUUGGCAACAUUCCACUACAGGCUACUGAAGUAGAAAUGCGCAAACUCUUCGAGAAGUUUGGUAAAAUAUUAGAACUACGAAUCCUUAGCAAUCCACCUUCUAAAAUAGAUUCAAAAGGUAGAAAUUUACUUAAUUAUGGCUUCCUAACCUUUGAAAAUCCGGAAUCUGUGCAGAAAUGUUUAGAAAUAUCUCCUUUUUUCUAUCCUAACAAUCUGCCAAAUGGACAUCGCAUUAAUAUUGAACGCAAGAAACGACGUAUGGGAUUUAGUAGUAAUAUCGCAAAUGCUACCACAAUUUCAAAUAACCUAACAAAAGGUACUCCUAAAAAUGGGGUACUAAACACUAUAACUAUCAAAAAUAAACCAGAAAAUCGUUCCCAAUCGUCCCAAAAUCAGUGUCGAUCGAAUUCUUUACACACUGUUCCCACUAAGCGUCGUCGCUGAAGUUGCAGCUCAAUCUGAAAAAAGGACAUCAACCUCAUAACCGCAACAAUUAUCACUACAAUUAGCACAUAGAAAUAAAGAUAAAUAUGCUUAGUAAGAAGUGGCUAAUUGCAUAUUAGUUACUAAAUAUUAUUAAUACCCGCUAAUAUAAUAGUUAGUAAUUUACUUAUAAUAAAUACGCUGUCUACUUAC